GGGGAUGUCCGUAGAAGCCAUGUCCAUCUGGGAUUGGCUAGCCCGCCGGAAGUGGCUCGGCGGACGCAUUUUCUAACAGAUAAGUCCAUUGCUCGAGACCUUUUCCCUUAAACAUUCUCUUUCUCUUGCACACGCACACACAGUGGCUCGGUAUAUUCCAUCAUUUUUUCGCCAAGCUCCUGCCUGGAGGGUGUUCUCUUCGCAACUUUCCUGUAACCCGCACACCCUAUAGGAUAAUAGUUGGGUUUCAGAACCCCAUAUUUACACUCUAGUCUCUCCUUGCCAAAGCCUCAUACUGCAAUUUGUGUUGGCUUGAGGUGAGGUGGGGGCAGUGGACAGUAGUUCUAUGGGGGAAGAGGCAUGAACAGCCACCAGUCCGGACUGCGGUUCCUUCCACCUCCUUCACACCAUCCAGGUUGGAGAAGUCACCAUCCCCACCAUGAGUUCCUCCCUCCGAAGAUCAGCUCGUCUUGCUUGUACGCUUCGAGGAGAAAAGACCAGGAAUCCUCUUGCUUGGAAUUCGAGGCCGAGAAAUUUCCUCCGACCCCUCUCCAGCCAGAAGUUCCUCCUCUCCCCGGGCUGGGGAUGAAAGAACCGGCUUUCUCCGUCCGCCAAUGCGGUCCUCCGCAGACAGCCUUCGCGGCCAAUUCCCUUCCACAGCCGUCUUUGGGCAUCUUUCCUCCGCCGUCACCUUGCGAAGAAUUAACUUCCGCCGCCGCCGCCGCCGCCAACGGGACUCUACACCGCGGGAGUCCUUCACCUUCUCCUCCUGCCUUCGUGGACAAAAGAGAGUACGAGGUGUCUAUCCUAUUGAAACCUAACUAUGGACCAGGGGAGAGCAAAGGAGAAGCAGGGGAGGAAGCGGAGGAGAAAAUUUUAUUGCAGAAAGCUUCGUCUUUAGAUCUAUCUAAAAGAGACAAAACUUCACCAGCCCCGGGACUGAAGAUAGAUAAAAAUCUUACCCAAGAACCCUGCUCGAUUCCAGAGGCCCAGGCUGCCCAAGGGCGUCCUGUGCAAUCUAGCUUAGAAGGUAACCCUGCAGCCAACUGGUUGCACGCUCGCUCUUCCCGGAAGAAACGAUGCCCCUACACGAAGUACCAGACCUUGGAACUGGAGAAGGAGUUUCUGUUCAAUAUGUACCUCACCAGGGACCGUAGACACGAAGUGGCCAGGCUCCUCAACCUGAGCGAGAGACAAGUCAAAAUCUGGUUUCAGAACCGAAGGAUGAAGAUGAAGAAAAUGAACAAGGAGCAAGGGAAAGAAUGAAGCUUUCCUUCUCCCUUUCCACACCCCUCCCUCUUCUCACCCCCAAUUUUGGC